AUGGAGGAAAGCCCCACGGGCAUGCGCGGGCCAUCGACAGUGUCGGAGGUGGCGGCGGUCGAAGACAACGAGGAGGAGGGAGAGGAAGAAGCUUCCCCGGACUCCUUGUCGGUUCUUGUCAUGGACCUGGACGAAUGCAGGCGCCUUCCUCCGCCUUACGACCCUGCCUCCUCAGGCCCCGGAGACUCAGCAGUUACUGGUUGCCGCCCGAAUAAGAGGGUCACGACAGCCCACCUUGCAGGCCAGAUCGGCCAGCUGCUCAAAGCGCUGCCCCGGCUAACUGCGCAAUUGGAGCACUUGGGCUCCCGACAGCAGGCCUUGGAGGAUCGAGUGGGGUCAAAAGGCCUCCCAGCCCGCCGAAGCCAAAGACUGCAGAGCCUGGGAAUAGGCGACUUGGUGCCGGAGCAGACGCUUCUCGAGGAGGCUCUGGCGCAGCAGGGGACGGCCCUCACGAUGCUGGUGUCGCACUUGAUAAACCAGGCCUCCGAGGCCUCCGCCGACUUCGGGACUGGGCUGGGUGGCUCGUCCGGCCUCUCAUCCAAGGGCACCGCCAGGCGAGAGCGUAUGCAAAACGAGCUGGCAUCCCACUCGGGCGGCUUCAUGGUAGCCGUGACCGCUUUUCGGAGGAUGCACCCGGCUACACAGACUCCGAAGACCCUCGAGGAGUUCCGUGCCAUCACGGACCUGCUCAUGGCAGGACACACGGAGGGGGCGCUGGACCAUCUUGCGCUUCUCCUGGUGGCUUUGGAGCAAGCCUCCCAAGAUGGAGGCAAAUGGGAGAUAGCAUAUGCUCUAUCCCUCUAUCCGGAUCCGCCUUCUACGGUUUUUCAAAACCGGCCCGCCCCACACAACACACGCCUAAAGGCGUGGGCGCCGCUGUGUCCAGCACCCUGGGCGACCACAACGUUGACCUAUUUGAAGGAGGCGGACGCCAUUUUGGCGAGGAGGACCGAUGCUUCCUCUUCUUCGACUCGCCACCCGGAUGGGACCAACAAGGAGGAGGCCCCCAAGAAGGCUCCCCGGAAACCCAGGUUUCCCCGUGCGCUUUGUGGUUCCCUAGUCCCCCCGCCUGCCGUGUCGUGUGGCGUGGGCCCUCUGUGGCACGCCCCUGCUUUGAUGCCUUCCGGCUUCCGCAAGGAGGUACUCAACCAUGGGCCUCCUAUCAAUCACGGUUUGAAGCUGCCAGCCGCCUUUCUUGAGGGCCCCGGCCCUUCGACCCCAAAUCCACACUGCAUGCCUUUUGUGGCUCCUGUGCCUGGGCCCUUUGCUGCCCUGCCGGACCACACCACAGCGGUCGCGCCUGCUGCAGCUCACUCAGCUUGCGCUUCGUCGGCCGGUCUGCUCUUUGCUGCCCUGCCGGGCCAAUGCACCACGAAACAGGUCGCGUCGGCUGCAACUCAGCCAGCUAGCGCUUCGUCGGCCGGUCUGCCUUUUGUCCGCUGGGCUCUGUCUUUUGCUUUCCGCGUCCUUCGGGUGCGCUCGCCUUUCUCUUCUUUUCUAUCUUCUCUUUUGCACCUGCAGCCGGUUGAGACACACUCUCCGGUCAGCUCCCUCUUCCCGCUGCCGUGGCCGUACUUCAACGUGUUCCGGCCCUGCCCUCAUCUUGGUCCCCGUGCUCGCGCUCGGGUGGGGAUCCGACGCCUCACCUGCGCCGUUGUUGCUGCCCUGAACUUCGUGCACUCCGGAGGCUCCUUUGCCGUCCGCGACCAGAUGAGGAGACUCCCCAAUGCUGCCCAGGCAAAGUCACUCAGGUACAUUGAGGGGUUAGUGAGGAGCUGUGGUUCCGUGGGGGCCAUUGAUGUGGUCGCCGCGACUCGCCGAACCUCUGAAUUAGUUGCGCGUCUAGGCGAGGUGACUGAACACGUUACCCGCGCCGCACCGGGCUGUGAUCCCUGUGGUCCUGCCUUCCCCGGCAUUGCUAUGAGCUCUGAAGACCAGGCCAAAGCAUUGGAGCCCUACCGCUGCCUUGACCCUGGCCGGCUCAAACUUAGUGGUCGGGGCCAAUGGGAUCCCACGCCCUACCUGGACGAUGCGCUGUACCUUGCGUUUCGUGAGCCCCAGAGCCUGCUGCUGCCAGCCCCGGGUCGCCCCGGCAAAGGUGACGUGCCCGACCUUGGGCGUGAGAGCGGUGAUGCCGUGCUCCAGCUCGCUCUGUUGUGGGACCGGAAUGACCUUCUUUUGUCCCAGGAGGGCCCUCCGGCAGAGAGGCCUUACGAAGGCGUCAGAGUUUUUAAUGCUCUGAAAGACGCCCACACAGAUCGUCAGAUAGCUGACCGUCGUGGCAGAAAUUGGGUCGAAGGUACCAUCCCGACACCUUCGAAACACAUCCCGCUUGGCACGGCUCUGCUCUCACUUGAGCUUAAGCCCGAGUCUGAGACGUUCUCGAUCAAUGUCACAGAUCGCAAGGAUUACUUCCAUCAACUUAGGGCUCCGGCUCAGCGGUCUCUUCGGUCCCUGCUGAUCCCUCCUCUCGAGACGAGCAGGCUUGCUGAUACCCGAGCCUUUGCUAGGUUCCUUGCUUCUCGAUCUUCUGGCCCCGUUCCAAGCGAACUCUUUGCAUGCUUUGGAGCAGUACUGCAAGGGGAUGCCCUGGGGGUAGAGAUCGCGACUUCCUCCCACGCCAACUUGUUGCGAGGAGAGGGUUUGCUCACUGAGGGGUCUAGGAUCCUUGGAGCCGAGCCUUUCCCAACAGGGGACGGAGAAGAGAGGUUGGUCUCCGGCCUUGUCAUAGACGACUUCUUCUCCAUCUCCGCUCGGCCGCUCCCUGCUUCGGGUUUGUCAGCCGGCACCCGGGCCCUCUUUGAGGCAAAGCGUGUCUACAAGGCCCAUGGCAUUGAGGGCUCUGAUGCCAAGGUUGAUGCCUCGCCCGCGACUCGGGGCCUCGGCCUUUGCCUGGUUGGCCCUUCUGCCCAGAAGCGUCUGCCUUCAGGCCUGCUGUACCGCAGACCGAUCAUGGUGUGCCUCGAGAAGACCUUCUCCCUUGUCGAUGCUGCGACAAUCGACCAAAAGAGGUCGCGGGUCAUCCCGCUCCCGCGCGCGGUGAGAAACGAGUUCAGCCUGCUCGCUACCCUCUCCCACAUCAUGGUUUCGGAUGUUGCGGCUCCUUGGGCUUCCGAGGUCUACGCCGCAGACGCUUCAGAGCAGGCUGGGGCUUUCGUCAAAGCGGCUGCCUCCCCUGAGCUCACCCGCCGGCUGUGGACCGCGACCACCAGCACUGCGGCUGCCACCAGGCUCCUGACCAAGGAAAAGGCCGCCCUCCGCCGUGUUGACCCAAUGCUUGAGGAGCUCCCCGAGGAUCCACUGCAGCUUGGGAUGUGUUGGCAGAAGUGGCCUCCCGCUCUUCGUUUUCACGCCUUGCUGGUUGGAAGAGGUUUUGAGCCACUCCUCGAUGACCUUGCAGUGCGCGGCUGGCGCGUUGGGCCUGUUCUUGCGUGGGACCAGUCACCUGAGUAUGACCUUGGCCGGUUGCGUUUCCUUCAGUGGGUGAUUUUCCUGCUCGAGUCCGGCCACCUUCACCUGUUGCUGCUGGGCCCCCCGGCCUUCCUGCCGAUCGUUCAGACAGCCCCUUGGUUUCCUGCCCUCUUUCGUGUGUGCUUGCGCCUUUCGGUGCCCUGCCUCCUUGGCUGCGCCCACAGCUCUCUCAUGCUUCGGUUGCCUGCUUGGAAGACAGCAAAGGCGCUUGGAGGUGUUCUGCACUUCGCGGCCCGAGGCCUUGAGUUCGGGAACCUCGCGGGUUCCGCCGAGAUCCUUGCUGCUCCUGCCUUCUUCUCUGGCGCGGGCACCUCCCCGAAGGAUGGUCGGAUCCCUCCCCUCGAGUUCCCAGCCCUUGCAGCUGUUGCCUCGGAGGCGAUUUCGGCUCGGAUAAAGCUGAUUGAUUUGCUUGACCCUCCGACCUCUGGACUUGAAUCCGUCGGGGUCAAUGACCUUGCUGUCAGCCUGCCUUGGAGGAAGUGGCGUUCGUGGAAGUGGGCUAGGCCCGUGCACAUUAACUUGCUGGAGACGGCUGUCUUUUACCGGCUCUGCUGCCACCGAGCCAGGUCUGUGCCCGGACCCCUUCGCUUCUGUUCGCUGAUCGACAGCAAUGUCUCCAGGGGUGCGGUGACCAAAGGCCGGACUCCUUCCAGGGCUCUAACCCGAGGCCUCCGGCGCAUAGCUGCUGUGCAGCUCGCUUUUGGACUUUAUGCUCAGCUCCCUUUCUGCCCCACACGGUUGAUGCCGGCCGAUCAUCCCAGCCGAGGUGCUGACAUUCCCUCACCUGAGGUUUCGCUGCAGCUCCCGUCCUGGUCUCCCACCAUUACACGCGAGCUCCUCCGACUCCCCCGCUUGAGGAGGUGGGCUGCAAACUGGGCUCGACUUCUGCUCAGGCUCGUUGACUUCGCUGCCCUGCGCCACCCCGACAGGCGUGAUGCCCUCCGCUCUUUCCGCACCUACGUGCCUUCGGCCUUGGACUUUGGCUCUACUCUCGGCUUCCCAGGCGAGGGACCUCACCUGCUCUUCUUCCGGACUCUGUGCUUUGGGCUUGCCGGGGUUUGGUUUCAGGGCUUCGGGGCAGCCGUAGCUGUGAGCCAUGGCCUUCGCCCGAGGAACGCUGGAGACGAGGCUCGGAGAGCCCUGAGAGCUGACGCUGAGUUGCCAAUUGGGCGGGCCGUUGAGCCGAAGACACAGCAGCGGAGAGACGCACUUUGGGACUGUUUUCUGGGCUGGCUGCGGAACACAGGCAUCGCUGAAGAGCUGUUUGUUGAUACCAGUGGAUGGGUCGAUGUUGACACCAUCAACGUCGUAGCCGGUAUGGUAGGGAGCUGUAUGCGGCGGGACGACCCUACUCCCACUACGCUGAGACCAUCAACAGCUUAUCUUCUCGGAUCCCAAAACUGCGGAGAGUUCUUCAGCCGGCUUGGGACACAGCUUUUGCAUGGCGACGCGCUGAACCCGGGGUUCAUCACGUCGCCAUGCCGUGGCAGGUCUCACCUCCUUUUACCAGAGGACACAGACCAUACCAUCGACUACGCCCUCUUCUCUAUUGACGAGCCAAAAACCCGCUUCAGGGCCGCGAGACACCAGAGCGUCAAGGUCGACCAGCCCGACCUACUUAGCGUGAUUGCCCUCGGCCUCAAAGACCUUGCUGCCUGCGAACGGCUCUGGCCGCAUUCUGGGCAGACUUUGCGAACCAGGUUUCGGCAAAUCUGUGCGGCCCUCGGGCUACCCACUGCCCCCAAUGCAGGGCGCCCUUACCUUGAGUUGGCGUCUUUGAGAGCAGGCGGCGCGACUUGGCUCAUGAUCGUCACGGAGAACGCUGACUUAGUCAGAAGGCGUGGGCGGUGGUUGACCCACCGCAUCUGCGAGAUCUACGUCCAGGAGGUCUCGUCGGUGCAAUUUUUACCCAGCCUGGAGAAUGAUACUAGAGCAAAAGUGAUGCAGGCUCUGAAAGGCUUCCCGGAGCUCCUUGAUCAGGCCCAGUCGCUCGCUUCGCUCCGUAUCCCGCCAGGCUUGUGGUAUUCUUUCUUCUCUGCGGGCAAGCAGCCUUCUCGAACUUACAACGGGGGGACUGGGUGA